GCCGAGGGGGGCGCGCCUCCGCCGCCUCCUGGGAACCCCGGGCGCCCCUGGAGGCCCGCCGGGGAGCCGCCGCUCGGGGAGGGGGCCGCUAGCCCCUGGGCCCCCCUCCUCUCCCCCCGGCCCCGGCCGGAUGCCGCGAGCGCGCCCCCAGGGCCCUGGGCGCUAGGGGGGCCUCGCACCCCGUCCCUGCCGCAGCUGCCGGUGGGGCGGAGGGGCCGCAGCUCGGGGCCUGCCCCCGAGCAUGAGCCUUCCCGCGGCCGGCAUGAGCAGCGCCGCGCCGCCCCGCAGCGGGAGUCCCGAGCGGCGGACAGCGGCAGCAGCGGCCCCGGCGGCCUGGCCGGGGAGCCAGAGAGACUCAGCCUGGUACCACUUCUAGAUCUGUUUGGAGGAGCUGUGGACUGGAGCUCAGCUGCCCCGCCUCUUGCCACUCAGCCAUCUGGGCGCCACCCCCUGCGCCAAGACCAUUUCCGGAUAUCCAGGCCCCAGAAGGCUUCCCUGGAUUGACAGAGAGGGGGAAGAUGACGUCGACGUCACUUCUGGAGCUCAGCUCCAUAGAGACGCCCACACUGCUGAGUGAGAUCAAGACAGAGCCUCCCGAGGAGCUCCUGGCCCCAGAGUGCAGCGGGCCCCAGGCUGAGCCUGUGGACCUCUCUCUGCACAAGGCCAAAGCCUCGCCGCCGCCACCCACAGCCCCUCUCCUGCCCUCAGCCAUGCUAGUGGCGCCUUCAGUCCAGCCACCCAUGGUGUCAGUCCCUCCCUCGGGCCUGGGCUCCCCCUCCACCUCUGCCAUCCCAGCUGUGCUGUCUCCUGGUUCCAUCCUGGCCUCCACCCAGGGCAGCAGUGGCCAGCAGAUCCUGCACCUGAUUCACACCAUCCCCUCAGUCAACCUGCCCAGCAAGAUGGGAAACCUGCAGACCAUCCCCGUGGUGGUCCAGUCCCUGCCUGUGGUCUACACCACCAUGGCUGCUGACAACGUGGCAGCAGCCAUUACCGUCCCGCUGAUCGGAGGAGAUGGCAAAAAUGCAGGUUCUGUGAAAUUAGACCCUAACUCCAUGUCCCCAGUAGAGGUGCAGAGUGACAGUGAGGAAAGCGUGGGGGAGACUGUGUCUGUGUCGUCGACCUUUCAGGAGCUGCAGAGAGAAUCUGUGGGGGCCCCGUUAAAUCACACUGAGUCCCUUGACCUGAAGAAGAGACGCAUUCACCAGUGUGACUUUGCAGGAUGCAACAAGGUCUACACCAAGAGCUCCCACCUGAAGGCCCAUCGGAGGAUCCACACUGGAGAGAAGCCAUACAAAUGCACCUGGGAAGGCUGCACCUGGAAAUUUGCUCGAUCAGAUGAAUUGACCCGGCAUUUCCGCAAGCACACAGGCAUCAAACCCUUCCACUGCUCUGACUGUGAUCGCAGCUUCUCCCGCUCAGACCACCUGGCCCUCCACCGGCGGCGGCAUAUCAUGAUGUGAGCCUGGUUGCCGCCACCUCCUCUUCUCCCUCCUCUCCUCCCCUUCUCUUCCCUCUUCUCCCUCCUUUCUUCCUCUUCUCCUUCCUCCUUUCCGUCCUCCUCUUCCUCUUCUCCUUUCCCAUCCCAUAGUCACCAUCACCACCACCACCACCACCACCACGAGGUCCUCUGCUUUGGCAGUGCUGCCAGGAGGGAGCCACAGCAGCGCCUAGAGGGAGAGUGAGGAGGGUGAGCCAGGGUGGCUUCCUGUUGACCUCCUCAGGCCCCAGGCCUGGCCUCGCCGACAGCCAGGCUAGGCUUCAGCCCAGAACGGGUGGCUUCCACGAUUACCUCUGUGCUACAAGUGAACAGAAGCUGUGAGCUCAUGUAUGGGCUGAGCUAACCCUGUUUUCUCUCUUCUUUCCUGCUGUUUCUUUUUCCUUCCUGUUCCACCUUCUACCCAGCUCUUGCCCUGCUUCGGAUCAGUGUUUGGAGUGAGUUGGCCGGUAACUUUCUGAUACCCCCUUCUCUCAUCUAGGCCCUUGAGGGACAUGAGUGCAAAGUAAUUUGUCAUUGCCCUAACUGAGCUUCCCCCUUCCCCCUUUCCAUCCCCCCUCCCCCAAGGCCCCAAGCCCAUUGCCCAGAAGUAGCAGGCUGCUGGGUUCAAGCUAAGCUUGGGGAGUUGCUGUCCAUGGUGACUUAGUUGAGGCUGCCAUGCCCCUUGGCCAAGAGAAGCCACAAGCAGGAGGUAGGGCCUUGGUUAGAUGGCAGCUUUUAGCAGGGCUGGGGGCUGCUGGGUGAUCAGGCACUUUUCUUCCCAGGAAACUGGCAAGUUCCCUGGGAUCUUUCUCCAAGACUGAGCCCCAGCAGUGGAACCCAGAGGACCAGUUGGCAGCUACUUCAGGGUACCUCCUGCUGCCCACUUACCUGCCAAUGGACUCGGAUGCUGAGUAAGCUUCUGCUGCCUCCUUACAGUCAGGCCAGCAGGGCUCAUUUAGAAACAGUGUUUCCCAAUACACCAGCAGUCAAUAUUUUGGACCCUACCCGAGAAUAGAGAAAAUCGGGUGGCACGAGCCCCAUGUCCUGACCUUGUCCUACUCCUGGGGAGGGUGCAGGAGAGAAAUGGCAGCAAUUUCUGGGGCUUCUCUGCCUCUUCUCAUGAGCAGGAGGCCAUCAGGACAUGUUUUCUCCCCGUGACCUUCCCCCCUUCCCUUCUCAAUUGAGGUCCCCUGAGCCGGAGCCAUCCUCCGGGGAAGGCUCCCCUAGCCGCUUCGUUUUUCUCUCCACCUUUUGCCUGCUUUUUUUCUAGUUGGGUGCUUUGCCCCCUGCCUACCAGGGACCUUCUGGCCUUGGUGUUUGUUGGUAUGGGAAUCUUGGGGGCUUAGCUGGGCUCAGCUGGGCCCCGCGCUCUCACAGUGCCUUCUGCACUGAGGGCUUCCUAUGUCAGUUGACCUGAGCCAGGCCUGACAUUUUCCCGCCUUGUCUUCCACUUUCCCCAAAGGGAUUGCUAAUCACAUGACUGGGGACAAGGACUGUAUUUGUAGCCAACGCUUUUGGCUCCAAGGAAACGCCCCCGCUGGAGGGUGUCAAGGGUGUGCUCCUUAGCCUGAUGUGUAGGCAAGCAUAGCUAGGCGCUGAAGGAGUAGUGAGAGGGGAGGGCUCCCUAGCGUGCCUCCUCCCCCACUUGGCACCAGAUACACUGGCAAGUUCCAGACUCAGGAACUGGGGAACCCCAAGUUGAUGGCAUCAGUUUCCAAAUGGAUGCCUUUAGGGGAGGGGCAUCCUCACCAGUACCCUAUGAUUUGGGAUUUAUGGGGAGGCCUGGCUUUGUUUUUGAUGUUCUGGUUCUGAUGUUAAAACAAGUUUACAUUUCUUAAGCACAUUUUGGCUGGUGGGCGGGAGAAGGGUCCUGGGUGAGUUAACAAAAUAGCUGGGUUGGGGGGGGGGAGAUGUUGCAGGGGAUGAGAGCCAGCCCCCCCAGGUGUCUGGGGAUGAUCUGAACUCAGGGCUCAUGGGACAUUAUUGUCUUGGGCUGGCCAAAGCGUCGUUGUUGCGCACCGUGCGGCAAGUUUGGCAGUCUGACUCUUCUUGUGUUUGACUUGGACAUGUUUCUACAGAGCCUCGGUCAGUGCAGUACAUAGAAAUGGGCUGUUGGGCUGCCGCUUUCGGGCACUAGAUCCUGGCCUUGGCAGCUGAGGGGCGCUGAUGGGCCCUGCCCCCGUGCUCAGCACCAGGUGGGCUCUGCUUCUUCUUGGCCUUCACGGCUUCCUGGGCCCUGCCUGUUGGUCGUACAGGGUCAGAGUCAGAAGAAUUUCUCUGCAGCCUGCAGAAGCGAGUGCAGGCUCUCGGAGGGAAUCUCAUGGGGGCAGCCCCUCCUUGAUUUCCCUGAAAGGGAAAGUUCAGCCUCUGCUCAAACACUGGAAGUGACAGGGAGCUCACUACCUCCAGAGGCAGCCCCUUUUAUCUACAAGUGUUUUCUUGGGGCUACAAGGCCAACUGCCCCACUCUGCAUAGCCCUUCUCUCCCAGGUCUCUCCACCUCCUGGUCUCAGGCACAACCCUUUUCCCAGGGAUCUCUUCAAUGAAAAAUAAAAUUUAAGUACAAUUUUUUCCUGUGAUUACUGUUUGAUUUGUAUAGACUUUUAGAAAACUUUAUACUGUAUAGUGUACAGGUCUAUUGUUUAU